GCUGGAAAAAUUUCACAAAAUUACUAGUGGGGAAGACAAUGUUGGAGUCUGGAGAGUACUUUUUAUAACUCCUAUUUUUCAUAAUGUAGUUUCAAUACCUAUUUAACUGAAAAGAGAUUAAUUCAUAUUAACGGCAUUUUUUAUAUCACAAACAGUUAGUAUAAAUUAAGAUGGCAGAUGAAGAAAAUGCAAGUACUACUGCUGAUGAAGAACAAAUGCGUGUAUGGCGAGAGCAUUAUGGAAAUAUGAUUCCAGAAAAGAUUGUUGACACCAAGAUUGGAGAGGAUGGUCGGAGGUAUUACAAAGUGCAAUGGGCUGCAUCAACAAUGGAGCCAUCCAAAAAUUUCCUGGAAGCAGAAUUGCUCAUCAAGAAAUAUUGGGAUCCAGUAGAAAAAAAACUCAAGCUUCCAAAUAAUCUUGUUUCGUUUCAGGAUAAUCCAACAAAUAGAGACGACGACCAAGGUAAUUCAUCGAGUAAUAGUUCUGAAAUUACACCCUGUGAAAGUUCAUCGAGUAUUAACUCGAAUGUUGCACCCUGUGAAAGUUCGUCGAGUAAUGACCCAAAAGUUACGCCAUGUAAAAAUUUAUCGAGUAACAACUCGGAAGUUACGCCCUGUGAAAAUUCGUUGAGUAAUGACUCAAAAGAUACACCCUGCGAAAGAGUUACCUAUGAAGAAAAACGAAGUGAUGUAAACAAAAAAGAUUUUCAACCAACCAGUGAAAGCGAAAUAACAGACGACAUAAAUAAGCAAGACAAAACAGCAGAAAAUCAAGACAAAGACGCUGAACAUUCCACGGAGACAUCUGAAUGUAGGGAUACUAAAAUAGAAAACGAUUUAAAUAUUUUAGACACAAAAAGCAAAGGCGAAAAUUUUAGUAAUACAAGAAAACGAAAAAAUGAUGAAAUACAAAGAACUACUAAAAUAAAUAAUACAUGUCCGAAUGAUCUGCUGCAAGAGAAGCAACCCGAAGAAAAACGAACGAAAAACGCAGAAAGUUGAUAAAAAACGAAGGCAAAUUUCUAGUGAAUAUGUUUAUAUUGUAAAUAUUAUUAUGUUUUUGUGCUGUUGUGUUUUAUAUAUAUGUAUAUGAUUUUUGUUAAUUUAUGUGUUUUACUUAAAUAAUUAUCUGCAGCGAUGAUAAGCAGAA